CCUCGGUGGGGGCGGAGCCGCCGCCGCUGCCGCCGCAGCCCCGGUCAGGAUUUGAAAGAUUAAAAACUCCUGGUGGAGAGGGCGGCGGCGUUGAAUGUGUGGCGGAAGCGCUGUGGGCCACGGCUCGGCGCCGGGCCGGGCAGCCGGCUGCAUCUCCACAGCAUGAAUUACCCGGGCCACGGGCCUCCCCGAAACCCCGAGCAUAACGGCCGGGGCGGCGGCGGCGGUGCCACUGCUUGGGAGCUGGGCGCGGAUGCGCAGCCGGCGUUCGGCGGCAGCGUCUGCUGCUUCGACCACCUGCCCGCCGGGGACCCGGGCGACGACGAGGUGCCCCUGGCCCUGCUGCGCGGGGAGCCCGGACUGCAUUUGGCGUCGGGAGCGGAGGACCACAACCACCACCUGACGCUGGACCCCUGCCUCAGUGACGAGAACUAUGACUUCAGCUCGGCCGAGUCGGGCUCCUCGCUGCGCUACUACAGCGAGGGCGAGAGUGGUGGCGGCGGCAGCUCCUCGUCGUUGCACCCGCCGCAGCAGUCGCCGCUGGUCCCGACGAACUCGGGGGGCGGCGGGACGGCCGGAGGGGGGCCCGGGGAGAGGAAGCGUACCCGGCUUGGCGGCGCGGCCGCCCGGCACCGCUACGAGGUCGUGACGGAGCUGGGCCCGGAGGAGGUGCGCUGGUUCUACAAGGAGGACAAGAAGACCUGGAAGCCCUUCAUCGGCUACGACUCGUUCCGCAUCGAGCUCGCCUUCCGAACCCUGCCGCAGGCCACCGGGGCCCGGGCCCGGGCGCAGGACCCGGACGGCGACCAUGUGGGCGGCCCGGCCUCCCCCGCGGGGCCGGCGUCCAGCUCCGCGGAGGACGACGCCGAGGACCGCGUCUGCGGCUUCUGUCCGCGCAUUGCCGGGCACGGGCGCGAGAUGGAGGAGCUGGUGAACAUCGAGCGGGUGUGUGUGCGGGGCGGCCUCUACGAGGUGGAUGUGACCCAAGGAGAAUGCUACCCGGUGUAUUGGAACCAGUCCGAUAAAAUACCAGUAAUGCGUGGACAGUGGUUUAUUGAUGGUACUUGGCAGCCGCUAGAAGAAGAAGAAAGUAAUUUAAUUGAGCAAGAACAUCUUAGCUGUUUUAGAGGUCAGCAGAUGCAGGAAAGUUUUGAUAUUGAAGUGUCAAAACCCAUAGAUGGAAAAGAUGGCAGUGGGAUCAGCUAUUCCGUUGUCUACCACCUCCCUCCCUUCUCCCUCCCUUCUCUGUUCAAAUGGAGAGGAUAUAAGGAGAGUGCAGAUGCGGCAGGUCUUAAACGAAAGCGUUCCCAAGCUAUUCAUAGUUUCAAGCUGAGUCGAAACCACGUGGACUGGCACAGUGUGGAUGAAGUGUAUCUUUAUAGUGAUGCAACAACAUCUAAAAUUGCAAGAACAGUUACUCAAAAACUGGGAUUUUCUAAAGCAUCAAGUAGUGGGACCAGACUUCAUAGAGGUUAUGUAGAAGAAGCCACAUUAGAAGACAAGCCAUCACAGACUGCCCAUAUUGUAUUUGUUGUGCAUGGCAUUGGGCAGAAAAUGGACCAAGGAAGAAUUAUCAAAAAUACAGCCAUGAUGAGAGAGGCUGCAAGAAAAAUAGAAGAAAGGCAUUUUUCCAACCAUGCAACACAUGUUGAAUUUCUGCCUGUUGAGUGGCGGUCAAAACUUACUCUGGAUGGAGACACUGUUGAUUCCAUAACUCCAGACAAAGUGCGAGGUUUAAGGGAUAUGUUAAAUAGCAGUGCAAUGGACAUAAUGUAUUAUACUAGCCCACUUUAUAGAGAUGAACUAGUUAAAGGCCUUCAGCAAGAGCUGAAUCGAUUAUAUUCCCUUUUCUGUUCUCGGAAUCCAGACUUUGAAGAAAAAGGGGGUAAAGUCUCAAUAGUGUCACAUUCCUUGGGAUGUGUAAUCACUUAUGACAUAAUGACUGGCUGGAAUCCAGUUCGACUCUAUGAACAGUUGUUGCAGAAGGAAGAAGAGUUGCCUGAUGAACAAUGGAUGAGCUAUGAAGAACGUCAUCUUCUUGAUGAGCUCUAUAUAACUAAACAACGGCUGAGAGACAUAGAAGAACGGCUACAUGGAUUGAAAGCAUCAUCUAUGACACAAACACCUGCCUUAAAAUUUAAGGUUGAAAAUUUCUUCUGUAUGGGAUCCCCGCUGGCAGUUUUUUUGGCAUUGCGUGGCAUCCGCCCAGGAAACACUGGAUGUCAAGACCAUAUUUUGCCCAGAGAGAUUUGUAACCGAUUACUAAACAUUUUUCAUCCAACAGAUCCAGUGGCUUAUAGAUUAGAACCGUUAAUACUGAAACACUACAGCAACAUUUCACCAGUCCAGAUCCACUGGUAUAAUACUUCCAAUCCUCUACCUUAUGAGUAUAUGAAGCCAAGCUUUCUUCACCCAGCAAAAGAACCUACCUCAAUUUCAGACAGUGAAGGCAUUUCAACAAUACCAAGCCCUGUGACUUCACCAGUCUUGUCCCGCCGACACUAUGGGGAAUCUAUAACAAAUAUAGGCAAAGCAAGCAUAUUAGGGGCUGCGAGCAUUGGAAAGGGACUUGGAGGAAUGUUGUUCUCAAGGUUCGGACGUUCAUCUGCAUCACAGCCAUCUGAGGCAUCAAGGGACUCUGUGGAAGACGAGAAGAAGCCGGUUGCCUCACCUCCCACGUCCACUGUGGCAACGCAGACCCUUGCACAUAGCAGUUCUGGCUUUCUUGACUCUGCAUAUUUCAGACUUCAAGAAUCGUUCUUUAAUCUCCCACAACUUCUUUUUCCGGAAAAUGUAAUGCAGAAUAAAGAUAAUACCCUCGUGGAAUUGGAUCACAGAAUUGAUUUUGAACUCAGAGAAGGCCUUGUGGAGAGCCGCUAUUGGUCAGCUGUCACAUCGCACACUGCCUAUUGGUCGUCCUUGGAUGUUGCCCUCUUUCUUUUAACCUUCAUGUACAAACAUGAGCACGAUAAUAGUGCAAAACCCAACUUUGAUCCAGUCUGAACUGUUGAAGGACAUUAAUGGCCCCAAACUGAUUUUUUUCUGUUAAAAUAUAUGUGUCAACAUACGGAA